AUGUCGAUUUUUAGGAAGCCGGAGUUCAAGCACAGGAUAAAGCAGCAAGCACCCAGAGUGGUGACCGUCGGGGGGCCCAAGAAGGUCUCCAAUGGACUCGACAAGGACAUCGAAGCGCUCCAGAGCUCGCUGGCAGCACACAAUGCUGAGAAGCUCGAGAAUGCGACUCGGGUCAUAGAUGCACAAAUCUCUACGAAGCGCGGCGGAAUGAAGGGCGGCAAGGCCGCCAGCAAGAGCAAGCUGCUGCCGGCGGGCAAGAGCGCCAUGGCUGCGGCCAUGUCUUCUGCUAUCACCAGAUCUGUACCCUCAAGCCCAGCUCUCAGCGGCGUGGGCUCUCCCUCACUUGGACCGUCCCUGUCCGCGUCCCAGCAAGCGUCCCAACAGGCGAAGGAGCAGCGGUCGCCCAUUGUGCAUGAGCUAGCUGUCAAGGAGCGUUCGUAUGAUGAGCUGUGGAAGCAGUGGCCAGGUGACUCGGAGAAGGACUUCAAGACCGCUUUGGAUAAGGUCGCCGACUUUGACGACCGCUUGCAGAAGUAUGUGAUGAAGAAAAUCUACUGGAAGGAGUUGGACGUCUACAAGUACAAGUACUCCAGCGGCGAGCAGAGAAAGCAAGCCAUCGACAAUGCUAUCAAGCAGUUUGACAAGAUGAGACUUGGCGAGACGGAGCCGGAGUGGCAGAAGCUCCUGCCCAAAGAGGAGAGAGGCAAGGGAAAGUGCCUGAGCAAGCUACAGGCCGUCAUUGCAAAGGGUCCCCCGCAACCGCCGGUGAAGGCCCCGAAGAUCACAGUGCAGGACGCGGAGGACUCCAGUGCAGGGUCUUCGAAGAACGGAGACAGCGACGAGAAGAAGAAGAGUGCUGCAAAGGGAGGCGCAGCCAUGGAGCGAUCUUCAUCACAACCCAUACAGGCUAAGGCGAAGAAGGUCAGCGAGCGCGAGGCGCAGGCAAAGAGGCUUCUGUCCAACUCAAAGAAGCCAGCUGCGCCAAAGGUUUCUCCAACAAAGGCUUCAGCGAAGGGCGGAAAGCCGCGGAUCCUGUCCAAAGAGUUCAUCUCGGACUCGGACGACUCAUCUUCUGAGGAGGCACCGCUGUCAACUACUGUACCGAAAUCUAAACCUGUAGUCGAGAAGGCUAGGGAUACACCACCGCCGAAGCCCAAGCCCCUUCCUCGUAAGGAGAUCACCAAGCCACAGGUGACGGCACUACCACCCAAACCACCGAAACCAUCCAAACCUGUCAAGCGACCGAUCGAGGAUGAUGACAGCAGCUCCAGCUCGGGCACACCCCUGAGCAAGCGCUUUAAGGGUCGCGAGAUCAAAGCGGCGCCGCCCGUUCAGAAGCCGCACCGUACAUCGGACGUCUCUCAGGGUUCGCGCGCUACCAGUUCUGGCAUGUCAUUCGCCGGCAAUGGCAAGUCUAAAAACACAUCACCUACCAAGUCCUCACCACUGGCCUCAUCGCCGCCGACGAACGCCAGCGACCUGGAGCAGAAUGAGCCGCCUAUCAACAACAAGAAGCGGAAGGCGGACCACGAGCGUGAGCGCGAGGCCGAGGCCAAGGCAGCCAGCAAGCGGCAGCGCCUGAGCCAGGACCUGAUGAGCAAGGCGUACAAGUUCAAGGUGUUCUACCAGAAGUACGAGGCGCUGCACAAGGAGAUUGUCGGCCAGGAGAACCCGCCGGAGCACAAGAUGAUGGACCUCCUGGAGAUGCGGGAGCGACUGCAGACGAUGAAGACCGAGAUCUACCGCGAGAUACCCCCGGAGCACUGA